AUGCGUAAAUACCGAUACACACACACAUAUAUAAAUAUUCUUGUUUCCUCAAGCGUCUUCUUCAAGUUUCCAAAUUUCUGUUUUGGGUUGUAUGAUAAUUGAUAAUCAUCACUUUAACAGGCAUCUUAGGCGGGAUGAGAGCUUUUACCUUAAACAUUUAUCUUCCAAGGUUGCUGCAAUCCAAGAUAACUUGUCUGUUAGAGUUUUGAGAAAUAAGACUACAACUAAUGAACAUAAUUUGAGGGAUAGCGAACAGUCCAUUCUCUCUAUCAAAAGCUUCUCAUUCCAAAGUAGUUCUCAGGAUAGCUCAUCUUCACAGAGCAACUGGACCAGUUCGUCUAAUAGCAUAUCUAGAGACCAUACAUCGGAUCCUGAGUCAUCUUCUCAGCAAGAAAAAAUAGGUACAGAUUCCAGAGAACAGAAAGUAUAUGCAACUGCUUCUCAGACUGUUCAACUUCCAAAUAAGGACAUCUUUCAACAGAUAUCUUCAGAAGCACCAAUUUUAUGCUCUGUUUGUGGAAUGAGGUCUGAUUUGCAUAUGAAGAAUACCAUGAGGUUUAGUUUUUCUGAAAUUCAGCAAGCCACUUCCGAUUUCUCAGCAGCAAACUUGUUAGGAGAAGGCGGUUAUGGCCAUGUUUUUAAGGGUGAACUAAAAGAUGGACAACUCAUUGCUGCAAAAGUGCGAAAAGAAGAAAGUAGCCAAGGAUUUAUAGAAUUUCAUUCCGAGAUACAAGUUUUGAGUUUUGCUCGUCACAAGAACAUAGUGAUGUUGUUGGGUUAUAGUUGCAAGGAAAAUUUAAAUGUUCUGGUCUAUGAAUAUAUUUGCAACAGGUCCCUUGAUUUUCACUUAUUUGGUAAGACGACAACAGUUCUUGAACUACAUCAAAGAUAUGGCAUUGCUGUUGGAAUUGCCAAGGGACUGCGUUUUCUUCAUGAAGAAUGUCGUGGAGGUCCUGUAAUACACAGAGAUGUCCGUCCAAGUAACAUAUUGCUCACACAUGAUUUUGUUCCUAUGUUGGGUGAUUUUGGCUUGGCCAAAUGGAGGACAAAAGAUGAAACAUCGCAUACAAGGAUACUCGGCACAUUUGGAUAUGUUGCACCCGAGUAUGCGGAAAAUGGAAUUCUUUCAGUAAGAACAGAUGUAUAUGCAUUUGGAAUUGUAUUGCUACAAUUGAUAUCUGGUCGCAAGGUGUUUGACGCUAAAGAUGAUAUACAAGGACAAUCUCUGCGAGAAUGGGCUGAACCACUAAUUGAGAACUUAGCAUUACAUGAACUGAUUGAUGCUCGAGUUGCAAAGACAUAUGACACAUAUGAAUUGUAUCUCAUGGCCAGAACUGCAUACUUAUGCGUCCAAAUAAACCCUGAGAACCGUCCAUCAAUGGGAGAGGUUGUGCGCCUUCUUGAAGGGGAAAAUGAUCAUUAUCACUAUCUGGGAGAGAAGUUGAUACCUCGUUAUAACAAAUAAGCGAUCUAGUGGUGUUUAGAAUUGAAUAAUCUUAUUAUCUUAUUUGACCAGGUUGUACGGCUUCUUAGAAGAGAAAAUGAUCAUUUUCACUACCUGGGUGAGAAGCUAGUCCCUUGUUAUAACAAAUAAGUGACGUAGUGUUUUUUUUUUUUUUUUUGGCUUUAGCCUUUCACUCCUCACAUGUAUUUUCUUGUAAUAUACAGCAUUAGUUUGUUUGGUUCAUAAUUGCAUGUAGCUGAAACACAUGAAUUUAUUAUACUGUUACCGUUUUUGUUGUAAAAAA